AUGUCUUUUAUCGUUAAAUUCUUCAAACGCCACCUUGUUGGCACCCCUAAAUACGAGGGUCAUACUCCAGAAUUCGACGCAAGGCGAGAAAAAUGGUUCGAAACCUGCACCCGAGAUAUUCUUCUUUCUGAUUUUACCACUUGGCUCAAGCACGGCGGUCCCUACUUUUCUUCGAUAUAUACGCCGAAAGAGAUUGAAGGCCUCCAAGAGAUCUUCGCUGCGCAUGCCAACUCGGAUAAUUGCUGGGACCAGUCAUCACUCAAGUCAUACCUUCUUACUCAGAUCCCAGACGAAGGAGACCAUGAGGCGCUCUUGAUAAAAUCCAUGUCCUCACUUUGGGCGCUAACUAUUUAUUUUGCGCAAUGGCCAUUUAAUACAGCAUCCGAAACUACGGAAAGUUUGACCCUCCCCGCCUUAACCCGCGCUGUCGCCUUUCUCUGUGGGAGGCACUACAAAAUGUUUCGGUCCUGGCAUGAUGAGGACAAAGUAUUCAAUCGAGAAUCCGACCAGGUGAUUCUAGAAUACAUCUUCCGAGCUUUAGCUACUACCAGACCGGUUAGGCAUGAAUCCACCCCGGCUCUCCUAGAGGAAACCUCCAAAUUGGAAUUUGGAUAUGAUGCCAAAUCGGCAUCCGAACGCGAUAUACUGGAUGUUCUAAGCGUCGCUCAGCCAUGGCUGAGCGACUGGACGACUACCCUUACUCGCGAUGAGUUGGUGCCUAUCGUCCAUCGUUUGUCUCCUCCAACCCCCCCGGAAUUAUCAGAUCUCAGCAUUUCGGUUGCUGGAGGAAGGCUCACCUCCGUUCUUGAGCUGUCUAUCCUGAUUCUUCAACAAGCUAGUAAGUUAAGAGGCGGGAGCAAAGUCAUUGAGAAUCUCAGGCGGGAACUUGAAACAGCUCAUUCAGAGCUACAGAAGGCAGAAGAAAUAUCUUUUGCUGCUAUAACCAAACAUUUUGAUGUUGAUAACUGGAGUGUCCAUCGUAACCUCACUAUUUAUGACGCUAUCGCUCUCUUGUUUAACAGCUUUACAAAUCCGAACUGUCUUAGAACUGGAAAGGUGGUCAAUUGGUCUUCAGGAGAGGAGGAAAUAUUAAACAUUCACGCAUUACGAUCACUAGGUCUGACCACUGUUGAGCGUAGCAGUGUCUAUCAUUAA